GGACGGUGAAGAUUCUGUGUGAUAAAUCUGCUGUCAGGAAACCAUGACACUAUGUGAGGUUUGCAAUCAGGAGGUUUCAAAGUAUAAAUGUCCGACAUGUAGACUGCAAUACUGCUCAAUUGCAUGUUACAAAAAGCACAAAACAGCCCACGAAGUAAGCUCCGGCGGAGAUGUUCAAGCGGCUCCUUUCGCUCAGCUGUCCUCCGCAGGAUUUGAAGCUGCCAGUACGAAUGUUCCUUCUCCGAUCGUAGAUACGCCCGAGACAAAACCUCCCCAGGCUACCGUUGAAGGAUUCGCUGCACUACCGGCAUCGGAGGAGCUGGCACAACUGCUCAAGGCUUACCCAAACCUGCAGAAACAACUUCAUGAAAUUUAUGAAUGCACACUAGAGACUGCUGCAGCAUCUAGUUUUCUACCUAGACAUGAGUCGAGCCGUGGCCGUGGCUUCCGCGGUCGAGGCCGCGGUCGUGGUGGUCGAGGAGGACGGGAUGGCGGCAGAGACAGGCCGUGGACACCGGAAAAGGGCAUAAAAGAUGGAUUGUAUUCAUAUCGUCGAGCAAAGGUGGCCGGAGGAGAGCGCGAAGCGGGCUUGCUCGCUUUCGCGGAGUUAGUGCUCAAGUUGUGUCCACCGCCUCGCAGUGAUGCCGGCUGACGAUAAGCGUGCAAAAUCAUGCCUUACACUGGGCAAGACAAAGAUCACAUCGAUACUGUCUACGACUGUCGAUGUAAAUCAGAAAUUCACAUGGCAUAAGAAAGUUGGCUACUUAGCUCUCACAAUCACGCCGAUUUUGCUCUCCACGACCCACGGACGCCAGGACUGUCGAUUGAGGAUGAAUUAUACCUGUCAAGAGCACCAAGCUUUUCUCCACAUAGAACAAAACUUCUGACGGAGAGGAGACGGAAGCAGGCUCUAUUUGACGGAUCCGAUGGCCGCUCUACUUUAGCCUGAUCAUUAUUCAUUCCAUUAGUAUAGCAGGUCAUUGGUGCUCUAUACCCAUCGAGAAGAGAAUUCCACAGAUAACAGAC